AUGAGUAUUACAGAUGAGUAUGAUCUUAGCAUGUACAAAAAUCUUGUUAUGUCAAAUAGUUGCAAUAAUGACGACCUUAUCUGUAUUUUUAAUUCUUCAAGCUUUUUAAAUACAAUAUGUUUCUUUAUAUUUAUCAUAGUUGUUUUAUGGACUAUGACUGUUUUAUCUCGGAUAUACUUAUCAUACAGCAUUGUGAAGUUUCUCAGAAAUAGAAAGGCGAUAUACAUGAAAAGUUUGUCCAAAUAUAUUGAUGAGAUAAAAAUUUUAUGUAGAAGUCACGUUAAUGAUAUAAUAAGGAUAAAAAAAAAAAUCACUCCAAAAGUUGUAGACAGAAUAAAUUUAAAUAUAAGUAUAAAUAAAAAUAUUCAGUUAUUUAAAAAUUAUUUAAAUUCAAAUGAAAAUAAUUUAUAUAAAUAUUCUAUCGGAUUUACAUUUUCUUCAAAACAAUGUACACAUGUAACUUUAUAUUGGGGUGUGUUAUUAAAAGAAGUUAAUGAUUUUAUUUAUAAAAAAACAAAAAAAAGUAAAAAAAAAAAAGGGAUAAAUAAACAAAAUACAAUUAUAUCUAUUGGAAAUAUAAAAACAUUUUUGAGAGAAGGGUUUAAUAAAACAUUGCCUAAAAAAAAAUCAACAGAUGCAACUACAUUCCUUUUAAAUAAAAAAACACAAAAUGAAUUUCACUAUCAAAAUAAAGAAGAAGAUAAUAUAUUUUUUAAUAGUUGCUAUUAUAAAACAUCGAAUUCUUUUUUUACAAAUGGAGAUAAUAUAUCAUAUACUAUGCCAUAUGAUGAAAAUUUUUGUAUUAAUGAAAUUUUACAUAAAAUUGAAAAAGAAAAAAAAUUAAUUAAUAAUAAUGAAGAUAUAAUUGACUUGAGCCAAAUAAAUAACCUUACAAUGGAAGGUGAUACAAACAACGAAAUAAAUUAUAAUCAUAACAAUAGUGGCAAUGUUGGAAGUGGCAAUGUUGGAAAUGGCAAUGCUGGAAAUGGCAGUGCUGAAGGUGGCAAUGUUGGAAAUGGCAAUAUUGAAAGCUUAUUUAACCAAACAGAUAAUGUAAGAAUUCCUUUAAUUGUAGUGAUUCAAGAAGUACCACAAAAUAUUGAAAGAUAUAUUAACAGUUUUGAUUUAAAUUCGAGUUUUAAUAGUAAUGAAAUUUAUUCUGCAAAAGAAAAUAGUAAUGAUAGUAUCUACAUAAGUGCUGAAAAUGUAAAUACAAAUAAAUUUGACAACACAAAUUCUAAUUAUAAUUCUGCCAUUGAAAGUAAUGAAUUUGAUCAUAGUGGUUCUAAUUCAAAUACAUUAAUUGUUUUAGUAGAUUUUAUAAAAUAUAAAGAUAAAUAUAAACCAGUUUUAAUAAAAGAUAUUUGUAUUGUUAAUGAAAAUAAACAAUUUUUAUCUACACAAAAAUUAAAAAAAAAAAAUAAUAAAUUACAAUUUAUUGAUAUAUUAGAUAUAUAUGGUCAUGAAGAACAUGAUAAAGAAUGCUUAAUUUGUAUGGCAUCUUAUAAAGAUACUUUAUUAAUGCCUUGUAGGCAUUCUUCAUUUUGUUAUGAAUGUAUGAAAUCUCUUAGGCAAGAAAAAUGUCCUAUAUGCCGGUGUUUAUUUACAUCAUUUAUUAAGUUUCCCUUAAAAAAUAUAAGCAGAUAA